AUGGCUUCCCUCAAAUUGGCCCUUCUCGGCCUGCUCGGCGCCGCUGCCGUCAACGCUGCCCCUGCCAUCGCCCUGGAGGCUGAUGUGCUCGGAAACAGUCUCGUUCCCCGUGCUUCUUGUACCUUCUCUGGCUCCACCGGUGCUGCCAGUGCCAUCAAGAACAAGAAGUCUUGCUCCACCAUCACCCUGAGCAACGUCGCAGUCCCUGCUGGAACCACUCUGGACCUGACUGGACUCGCCAAGGGCACCACUGUUAUCUUCGAGGGUACCACCACCUUCGGUUACAAGGAGUGGUCUGGUCCCCUCGUCUCCGUCUCCGGAACCUCCAUCACCGUCAAGGGUGCCUCCGGUGCCGUUCUCAACGGUGACGGUGCUCGCUGGUGGGACGGAAAGGGAACUAACGGCGGCAAGACCAAGCCGAAGUUCUUCUACGCUCACAGCUUGACCAGCUCUACCAUUGAGAACAUCUACAUCAAGAACUCGCCCGUUCAGGUCUUCAGCAUCAACGGCGCCAAUGACCUCACCCUGAGCGGAGUCACCAUCGACAACGCCGCUGGCGACGCCGGCGGUGGUCACAACACCGACGCCUUCGACGUUGGCUCCAGUACCGGUGUCUACAUCACCAACCCUAUCGUCCACAACCAGGACGACUGCCUGGCUGUCAACUCUGGCACCAACGUCCACUUCACCGGCGCCAAGUGCACUGGCGGUCACGGUAUCUCCAUCGGCUCUGUCGGUGGUCGCUCCGACAACACCGUCAACGGUGUCACCAUCGAGAACUGUGCCAUCACCAACUCCCAGAACGGUGUUCGCGUCAAGACCGUCUCCGGCGCUACCGGUAGCGUCAAGAACGUCAGCUACAAGGACAUCACCCUCUCCGGAAUCACCAAGUACGGCAUUGUGAUCGAGCAGGACUACGAGAACGGCAGCCCCACCGGAACCCCUACCAGCGGCGUCCCCAUCACCGGUCUGACCGUCAGCGGCGUCAAGGGAUCCGUCUCCAGCAGCGCUACCGAUGUCUACAUCCUGUGUGCUUCCGGCGCUUGCUCCGGCUGGACUUGGAGCGGCAACAGCGUCACCGGUGGUAAGAAGAGCAGCAAGUGCAAGGGUAUCCCCAGCGGUGCUUCGUGCUAA